AUGUCCGAAGACAACCUAUCAGCUGUCCUUCAUGGGGUUGAUGACCUCCGUCUGGAGCAGGUUCCAAUUCCGAAACCAGGAUCCAAACAGGUCUUGGUCCGAGUUCAUACUGUAGGAAUAUGUGGAAGUGAUGUGCAUUAUUGGACUCAUGGAGCCAUUGGACCGUUUGUGGUUAAAGAGCCAAUGAUUGUUGGCCAUGAAACAUCAGGAGUUGUAUCAGAGAUCGGAAGUGAGGUGCAACACUUGAAAGUUGGUGAUCGAAUUGCAAUGGAACCAGGAUUGCCAUGCAAACUUUGUGAGCAUUGUAAAACUGGAAGAUACAAUUUGUGUCCUGAAAUGAGAUUUUUCGCCACUCCCCCAAUCAAUGGAACGCUAUCCAGAUAUGUCGUCCAUGAUGCUGACUUUUGCUUCAAAGGCAAGUCGUUGGAGGCCGUAAGAGCGGAGAUCAUCAGCGCGUUGGGUGGACAGCAGCCACAUGUCUGUGUCGAGUGUACCGGUGCGCAGCCGAGUAUUGAGACGGCGAUAACUACUACCAAAUCAGGUGGAGUCAUAGUUCUUGUUGGUCUGGGAGCCGAUAGAGUUGAAAUUCCAAUUAUCGAAUCGGCCACAAGAGAGGUUGAUAUACGAGGAAUCUUCAGAUAUGUUAAUUGUUACCCAACUGCCAUUGAACUUCUUAGCUCUGGAAAACUGGAUCUCUCGGGACUGAGUCGUGCCCAUUACAAACUUGAAGAGACCUUGGAAGCCUUUAAGAGAACUCAAAAAGCUGAUGUUAUCAAAGUCUUUAUUCAAUGUUAA